AUGAGUGGCACAGGACUCGGAUGGCCCGCUUUGGUGCCACCAUACCGCAACCGCCUUGAAGAGUGGUUUAGCACGCCUGAGAAAUUGCAUGCCUCAUUCGACACGAGGGAAGAGCUUGUAUCAUUGCUUAGGGCUUGCGAUAACACACUUCUUGAAAGUAGCCUGCAGUUGAUUGCGGAUGCACUUCUUGAAUGGCAUGCAGACAAUGCUCGCACAGUUGCGAGUGGGCGCAGGGAAUCAAGGAGGCGCUUGACAGAGUGCUUGCCCAGUGUCCCGGGAACUGGCCUUAGCUUGCAUGAGCAUUACAAUCAGAUUGCACUUCAGAGUCCACUUGCGUUGCUUCCGGUUCUUCGCAAGCGGAAGUUAGCUACUGAUAGGGUCGUAGAUCGCGGUGCCAGGGCCACUGAGGAGAUACGGCUUCGGCAGGAGUAUGCAUUGCGUCUUGCGGCCAUCAUGCAGGAGGCGCAACUGCCGGUGUGCAAGGUGCUUGCAGGGGUCAGCAAUGCCGAGGAAGCCUGGCCACGGCUGUUCGGGACCCGUCGAUCCAAGACAUUGAGAAAUCGCUUUAGAGCUUGGGACAAGUUUCGGGAAUGGUUGCUUUAUAGCCGUGGCAGGAGCUAUCCGGAAGGGGUAGCUGAUGUGCUAGAUUAUGCCAAUGAACGAUUCCAGGAAGGAUGUGGAAAGACAGUUCUCGAAAGCCUGCAAGCCUCUCUCAGUGUAAUUGAAGGUGUAGGGCGCGUGCCGUCUACGCAGCAGAUAUCUCAGGAUCCCACAUGGCAGGCGCAGCUCAAAAGUUACACAGCCGAUUUGGUUUCGGCGGCACCGCCGGAGCAGCCAGCCAGCAUGCUCACUGUUGCUAUCGUUCUUGCAUGUGAGAUCUUCGUUUGCACGCCCGGGGAGCUUAGUUACUUGAGAGCAUUGGGCUUUGUCUGCUUAUUGAUGGUUUGGGGAUCGCUUCGGGCUGAUGAUGUUCAGGGGCUCUUGCCGCAGACCAUGCUUCUGGACGAGCGAGGGCUUAGCAUUGAUCUCGCGCGGUCCAAGACUACAGGGCCCGACAAAAGGACCCACACCGUCAAGGUCUUCGUGGAACGGAGUAUCUCUCUGACAGGGCAUGAUUGGCUGAAGGUCGGAUAUGCACUUUGGAAGGAUUUCGAUUUUGAGAGGGAUUAUCUGGUUUUGAAGGCCAAUGAAGGUUUCACGGAACCCCUGGAGAAAUCGGUGCCUUCCUCCACGGUGGCCCUUUACUUCCGCAAAGUUCUCAGUGAGUUGAAAACGCCCAAGCGUGAGGGGCGCACCUGGAAGGCCAAUGAUCAGCGUCCGCUGCUCCCGGGAUACACUUCCAGUCAUUUUACGGGACAUUCUGCGAGGAACUUCCUUAGCUCGGUCGGAGCGGCCAUCGAUGUCGACCCCAGGGAGCUUGAUUAUCUGGGUCGCUGGAAGGUAGGUGGCGAAGGUUCUGCAACCUACAUUCGCACUUCUAGGCAGGUUGUGCAUCGUCUCCAGAGUCACAUUGCUUGUUCCCUUGUCACCGGACAGCCAAAGCACUACAUCGAGGUGGAUUCCAUCAAGGCUUUGACGGACUAUGCAGCUAAGGCGGGGGAGAGCGAGUCUCAGGUUCGUCGCCGUCACACCCUCCUCGAGGGAUCCAAAGGCUUGGGCGGGUCGUGGCCAACUCUGGCAUUGGAAGUGGGUGUUGCGGCACCACCUUCUCCAGUCGAGCAGGUUUCGAUGCCAGGCAGCCGGGGGGAUUACUUCAUCGUUACCUCUCGCACCACAGGCCUGAGGCGUCUGCACAUGUUGGGCUGCUAUGUCAAGCCUGAGAAUUGUUAUGAUGUGAAAUUUGUCAGUCAUGUCGGCGCGGAGGACGUCGAUAACAUUUGCAAAGAUUGCAAAGCAAGAAUGAAGGCUCAGGCCGGCUGUGCCCUGCAAGUCCUAGCCAGAAGUUGGCAUGAGUUGCUUAUGCAAGGGAGGAAGUCUCACUCGGCGCAGGCCGUGAGGUGCCGGCGGAUUCCGCAUCCUGUCACAGGCCUCAGGGCGACGGGUGGACACAUCGCAGUGCAGCUAAAGGCCUCAGGGCGGCUAGCAAUCCAAGUCCUACAGGGCCACAGGCGAUUCCAGGCAAUCGCCGAUUCCCGGCCGGAAGCUCGGGCUGCUGGGAAGGCGGACUUUGGUCUUGAUGAUGGGGCUGCUGAUGGGCGACAACAAAUCGCGGGGGUCGUCGCUGCAUGGGAACUUGCACGCGACGUAAUCAGCAAAGAGACGGAAACACGAGCAGAGGCGAAAGUGUUAGGCCAGCCGCGAAUCUUGCAAGUCACAGAGAGGCAAGCAAUGCUCAAAGCGGUAGCGGCCGUUCACGGGCAGCUGGGAGAGUCGGAGACUCCAUCGUCUGAGUACCUCGCUCUCAAGUGCGAGGAGUGCGAAGCCAAUGAGCCUCAGGCUUCAACCUUGGAUGCCAUAACUUCGAAGAAGAACACGCUCACCACGAGCAUCCAGUCCAGCCUUGACGCUUCGGGGCGAAUUCAUAUUACUCAGCACAAAUCCAAGAGCGAGCUCCCGACUACUACAGAAGCUUAUCGCAAGGUCCUUCGCGUGGAAGCUUUCACGUGGCUAUGCAUGGCAUCCCGCUUUAAAUCCAAGCAGUGGCUUCAGGAUCUUAAGCUGUCUGACUUCGACCACUUCGUGAACUACAUCCUUGGCGAAAAGGUCGCUCAGCUCUCAGUGCCUACGUCUCAUCAGCCAGCCGAUGAGACCUACUUCACGACGCCGCUCGCCUUGUCCAUCAUUGAGCGACCACGCAAGUGGCACAAAGGCAAGGGCAAGGGUGAUGUGGGCUCUUACCUUCAGUCAUUGGGCAAUGUCACUAAUCUUCUUCAGUUCGAUCUUCAGCGCUCCACGGAGCAUGACUUGACUAAGGAAGGCUUGUGGCAGCACAUCUUUCAAUUGCUUGGCGAAGGGGAUUGGAUCCUCAUUGUGGAGCAGGCCAAUUAUUUUCUUGAUCAGACCGUGACGGCAUGUCAACUUGCAUGGCAGUAUGUUCUGGAGCACCCGGAGGAUCUCGGCGCAACGCCGGAUCACGAGUUACCGGCUUCCAUCUGGCAGCUACCAGCUCUGCGUGAGCUCCAGGUUUCCACUCAGGCCAUCACUUUUGCUUUCUUUCAAUGCAGCUUUGAGGCUCCCACUUCCAAACCCACACGCCUUCUCACUAAUCUACGGGCCUUUGUCGAGCAGCCUCCGCCUUUUGCUUCAUGGCCACGCUUCGACUCCAGUGAUCGCUACGUGGGGCCGUUGCCGCCACGCUGCCCGCACGGGAAACAUGACAAAGUCCUUGCAGGCCGAGAAGGCUCCCGCUGGGCGACCGAGUCAUCAGCAGCCUAUCCUCCUCUGUUGUGUGAGUGGCUUGCGCAUGCUGUGCUUGCUUCCGCUUCGCAGGGGGGACUUGGGUCAGCGCCGCACAGCUCCGUUCCAGGUGAGGCAGGUCCAAUGCAGGAAUCCCACGAGGCGACGCAGGAGGUGCAUCAGGAUUUAUGUGAAGUGCCGCAGGGGCUGCACCAGGUGGUUUCCGAUAGGGUAGAGGCGGUUACUGAUAGGGUAGAGGCGGUUGGCUUGAUCGAGUCGGAAGCACCUCCUUCCACUUUGUUGCCGUCGCCAGACUCUUCGGGGUCCGCGUGCAAAGGCUUCCCGGCUUCCACAGAAGCUUUGGCAUCCUUCGUGCGUAGCAACAUGCCCGGGCACCCCUUUACCACGAUUAGCCUUUACCUUAACACUGGCACCAAGCCCCACAAAGACUCCAGGAACGCACCUUUGCCCAAUGGGAUAAUAGGGGUUACUGACUUCGUAGGAGGAGAGAUCUGGGUCGAGGCCCAGGAUGGGGAGUCUGUUCAGAUUGUUGACGGUAAGCGCUUAAGUGGUCACCUUCUUCCGAUCAGUGAGACACCCACCUACAUACAUGCCUACCGCGAUCUUCACCUCACAAUGCCCUGGAAAGGUAAGAGAUUAGUCAUCAUAGCUUUCAGUGUAUCGGAGCAUACUCAGGCAUGCGAUGAGGAUCUCGCGUUUCUUCGCGGGCAUGGUUUCGUCCUUCCGGGCGAAGAGCACAGUGUUGAUCUUGAGGCGGUCCAGUCAGAUGAUUCGGAGGUGCUGGAGGGGGGUGAGGUCGAAAGGCCGGAGCCCUUCAAGCAUCAGGAGUGCCACAACAUCGGGCUGCCUUUGAACCUCGAGUGGGAUGGCAAAACUCAGCCGAUCACGGAUGGCUUUGGACUCUGCUCACCCACUAGAUGGCCUCCGGAAGCCAGGGGGGGCCUGCUGCCCAAGCAGGCUUUGGAGUUCGCCACUGCCAUGCAUCAAGUGCUUCGAGACUUUGUAGCGGACGUUGUGCCUGAUAUCAAGCGCACGGCGAUGGAGCUUGCGCUAGGCCGCCUUAAGGAAUCGCCUUUCACUCCCGAGAUGUUAGGGGUCCUUAGGAAGGAUUGGUUUAGUUGCAUAGAGGUUGCUUCGGGAGGCAAGUGUACGGAUCUUGAUGUGGUGCCGAGUGGCCAGCCAUUCUUCUUGCAUGCUGUGUCUGCGACGGCUCGGCUGUUGCAGGACCCAGAUUGGAAAGCCGUUUCUUGCCAGGAGGACUCCUAUGUCAGCGGGGUCGCGAUCGGUUAUGACUGCCCCGUCGCCGCAGCAAGAUCGGUCAAAAGAGAAGGCGUGGCCUUCCGCACUGAUGCAAAGUGCGCGGACGGGUACGUGGUCCUUGGGGGUUGGGAUUGCGCAGGCACAACUCAGGAGUCCAGAUGGUUCUCACUUCGACUUACUCCCUCAGAGGCCCCUUACCUCUUCGACUCAGAAGGUCACAGUCAGUGGGCUUCGGCAUCGGCUGAAUUGCUGGCCACGCUGGCUGCACUGCACAUCUUCGGUCACCUUGAAGCCGGGCCAACUAGGCGUUUGAUGAAGGUUGAGGUUCUAGCUCAGACGGAUAAUAAGUCUAACGAGGGCUUGACUCGCAAGGGUUCUACAACGCGCUGGCCCUUGCUCAUGGUUAACAUGCAGCUCACCCAUGUUCUCAUGAAGGCCGGCUUGCGGUUGAACUUGGGAUGGCGUCCACGGGACGAAAAUCAGGAGGCCGAUGAUUUAACCAACGAAAUCUUCGACCGUUUCUCUGAGGAGUUGCGGGUCCCAGUGCAGUACUCUGAAUUGCCGCUUUCCUUUCUUCACACUCUUUACGAAGCCAGGCGUGCACAGCUGAGCAGCCGUGAAGUGGAUUCCAUCCGCGACACGGUCGGUGGCAGGCCACGCUUCAGAGGCAAGAGAAAGAGAGAGAAGUCUCCUUGGUGA